AAUGAUAUUAAUGAUCAAUCUAAAUUAAAACUGCAACUUGAAUUGUUUCUGAUUAUUAGCAAUAGUAAUGUUAAUUACAAUAAAACUUUACUCAGUUGUAGAACUAUCAAUUUUCACCUGGAUGACUUUAAAUAUCUUGGAAUCCCUAAUCAUCCAAUUCCAUGGACUACUACUAGAUCUUUACUCAGUUUUCUAAUUUAUGAAAAUGUUCGACGUCUGUUACCACUUACCACUAUCCUAUCAAGUUCAAACCAUCAAUAUGUUUGUUCUCCUGAAACUUUAUUUCAGAGAUCUUCAUCAACCCUUUUCCAAAUCGGAAGGCAAGGAUCUUCGUCAUCUCAUCUCAUCCAGAUUUCCUGGCAUAUCCUAUACCACUUUAACUACUCCCAAACAUUUAGGGGUAUAUGGUAUGAUUGAUCUUUACGAUCACUUAUUAGGUCGUCGAGCACAUGAAGUAUACAAGGUCUUGACUCAAUCAAGACCAUCAUUAAACAUCAUUAUCUGGAGAUCCAAAAUACAACAUUUUCUUAAUACUGUAAUUCCUGCAGCAUCAGCUCCAACCGCUACACAUACUCUUCACUUCAUCCCAUGGUAUGAGAUGUUAUUUGAUCUUAAAAUGCCACAUCCUGAUUAUCGACAAUUUUGGGGACUCAUAUUGAAUUCACCAAUGUUUGACUACAGCGAGAAAGCUCAAUUGGAGGCUUUUUAUGAUUUAACAUUCAGUCUUCAUGAUCGGUCACAAGCUCAUCUAACUCAUUAUUCAUCACAAGCUUUUAUAAACCUUCUCAGUCUCCCUGCCUUUAGAUCUGACAUAGAUCGGUAUUUACAAGGAAUUGAUCACAAGCCUUUAUCACCAUCUUCGUUUAAAAGUGUUAGUCGUCGACUCAGACUCAGUCGUACUAAUUUACGUAUGAGUUCAUUCUUUAAUGAUACGUUUUUCCUAACUCGUAAACAAUGGUCAUCAUAUUGGUCCUUCUUACAAACUAAAAAGAAUCAAUAUCCUGGCAAAUUGGAACAUGUUCAUUUAUUUCAUUUGGGCUAUUAUAAUCACAAAUUCCAUCUUCGGAAUCAACCAGACCCUUUACAUCCCAAUAGGCAUUUAAGGACUUGUUUGUUUUGCUUACAACAAGAUUCAAAUUUUCAACAUAUUUGGCAAAAAAUUAUUUCUGCAGGUACAUCGAGUGUUAUUUCCUCUUAUCUUCUUAAUAAUCGGGUAACCGAUACUUUUCUACUCUCAUUAGAUCGUUAUUUAGUCGUGAUUCAUCGUCUUUAUUCCCAUCGUCGAGCGGCUAGGCAAGAGGUUCUGCCUCUUUCUGCCUCUCAGUUAGAUGUGGUAAUCAGACUUUCUUUCACGACGAUCCUCUAAUUUUUACUGUAAUUCUACUCUAUAUUUGAGAACUUCUUAAUGAGUUCUUAUAUCUGAUUCAUUCUUUUUACUUAUCUAUAAUUUUUCUAUAUUUUUCUUAUAUAGGUUUUGCCUUAUGAUGAGUUUAUUCUUAUCAUAGGAUUUUCUCCUUUGCGUUUAUAGCUUAAUACAUACGAAUUAAAAAAAAUAAAAAAUAAAGGAAUUGACACGGACAGGAAUUGAACCUGCAACCCUUCGAUCUGGAGUCGAAAGCUCUACCAUUGAGCCACCGCAUCAUCCUCGAAGGUUUUCAAUGCUUCGAUCGGUCACGUUCUCGCGAUUCACGUGACAGAAAACUGCAAAAUUUGG